UUAGGCAACGUUUUCACUCGCAACUUAUCGUAUAGACAAUGUUUCUUAGUUUAUUCGGGAGAAGAUAUAGACUAGAGUUAUCAUUGAAAUGAAACUUUCUUGUACAUGAAAAAAUCUGUUCAUACGUGAUGUGUUGAAAGUAAAAUCUGGUAUAAAAGAACUGCGAUUAGCAGAUAAACGUUAGUGUUCAUGCCGAUUAACACGCUUCUCGUUUUUCUGGAUUGUGUAGUGACACACCCCCUUGUGAACUGUGGUCAGUUAGGCCUAAAGCUGGUGAGGUGAGAGCGGUGGGAACUUACUAUAGGAUUACGUAGGUUCAACCUUCCAGUUUCAGUUCAUUUGCCUUCAAUUCACAUUGCAACAUUAAUUUUACGCAGUGGAAUAAAUUUCUAUAGUAAAAUAGUCUUAUCAUCCUUGUCCAUAUUUAGAACAAAGUGCGGCAAAUAAAAUGGCUGAAGAUGAUGUACUCUUUGAUGAAGUCUACGAUCAGUAUGAAGUUAUUGGAAAGGGGACCUUUAGUGUUGUCCGCAGAUGUCUCCAUAGGAUCACUGGUCAGCAGUUUGCUGUCAAAAUUAUCGACGUGGCUAAGCUGACUUCUUAUCCUGGACUUAGCCCUGAAGACUUGAAGAGAGAAGUAACCAUCUGCCACAUGUUGAAGCACCCACACAUAGUAGAACUUUUGGAGACGUACAGCAGUGAGGGAAUGCUGUACAUGGUUUUUGAAUACAUGGAAGGGACAGAUCUUUGCACAGAAAUUGUUAAACGAGCAACAGCAGGAUUUGUAUACAGUGAAGCAGUUACCAGCCACUACAUGAGACAAAUCCUUGAUGCAGUCCGAUACUGCCACCACAAUGACAUCAUCCACAGGGAUAUCAGUCCACAUUGUAUCCUUCUUGCCAGUAAGGAGAACUCAGCCCCUGUGAAGAUAGAAGGGUUUAGAGCUGCCAUCCAACUGAAAGGAGAUCACACUGAUGAAGAGCAAAAUGUGAAUGAGUAUCAACUGGGGUUGUCCCCUAAGGGCUGCUUAUACAUGAGGUGUGAUGAACAUGGAAGAAUUGGGUCUCCUCAUUUUAUGGCACCAGAAGUCAUCAAAAGACGGCCAUAUGGAAAGCCAGCAGAUGUAUGGAGCUGUGGUGUGCUUCUGUACGUGUUACUUUCUGGAACACUCCCAUUUUUGGGGACCAAGGAACGCUUGUAUGAUUCCAUUUGCCAAGGACGUCUCAAUUUAGCAGGACGACCAUGGGACCAUGUUACUGAUUAUGCUAAAGACUUGGUUCAGAAAAUGUUAACUGUUGACUCUAAAGAACGAAUAACAGUUGAUGAUGCCUUAGAUCACUUAUGGCUCAAAGAACGAGAUCAUUGUGCUCAAAAACUCCAUCUUCAGGAAACAGUUGAAGAACUGAGGAAGUUUAAUGCUAGAAGAAAACUUAAGGGAGCAGUUUUAGCAGCUGUGGCAAGCCCAAAAUGGACCAAUUUUUAUAUCGAACCACCACUUGAUGGCCUUUCUGAAUUUGGAAUUGAUGAUGAAGUUACAUCAGCUGGAGCUGUUUCAGCUGUGUUGGACAGUUUGGAUGACAUUCACUGCCUUACAGACUGUAGUGAACGAGAAAGAGAUUUUCUGCUUUCUGUUUUGGAAGACUCCCAGCUUCAUGCUCUUCUUGAUUUGUAUGAUCGAAUAAAUACCAGGUCUUACAGUCCAGUCAGGUGUCCACCAUCAGAUGCUCUGAACAGAGCGAAGGAGGUGUUAGAAUGUCUGAAUCAAUAUUCAAACAAAAAGACACCUGAAGUUGAAGAACUACAGUCCAUAUUAUGUAAUAAUCAUUUUAGGGCUCUACUUCAAGCACAUGACGUUGUAGCACAUGAAGUAUACAGUGAAGAUGCCAUCCGAGUGACACCACCCCCCAUCAUGCCGUAUCUGAAUGGCAGUCAAGAGAUGGAACCCCUGAGAGAACCACCAGUGGAGAAUAUCACUCGAGUUAGACUUGUACAGUUUCAGAAGAAUACGGAUGAGCCUAUGGGCAUCACUUUAAAAUUAGAUGAAACUGGAAAAUGUAUUGUAGCUCGAAUUAUGCAUGGAGGGAUGAUUCAUAGACAAGCAACUCUUCAUGUGGGUGAUGAAAUAAAAGAAAUCAAUGGAGUGCCUGUUGCAAACCAAUCUGUUGAAGCACUUCAAACUAUGAUGAGAGAAGCUCGGGGUAGUGUAACGUUCAAAAUUGUUCCAAGCUAUCGUAGUGCCCCUCCUCCCUGUGAGUAUUUCCGGAUAAACCCACCUCCUGUUUUAAUCUACAUGCGGGCUCAGUUUGAUUAUAAUCCUUUAAAGGAUGACCUUAUACCUUGUGCCCAAGCUGGGAUUUCAUUUAGAAUGGGAGAUAUUCUUCAAAUUAUCAGUAAAGAUGACCAUAACUGGUGGCAAGCCAAAAAAGAAGGUUCAGAUAGCACAGCAGGGUUGAUUCCUUCUCCAGAACUUCAGGAGUGGAGAACAGCCUAUGUGGCCAUGGAGAGGACCAAAAAUGACCAAGUAAAUUGCUCAAUAUUUGGAAGGAAAAAGAAACACUACAAAGACAAAUAUCUAGCCAAACAUAAUGCCAUUUUUGAUCAACUAGAUUUAGUUACUUAUGAAGAAGUUGUGAAACUUCCAGCCUUCAAAAGAAAAACCCUUGUACUUUUAGGUGCUCAUGGUGUGGGAAGGAGACAUAUUAAGAACACAUUGAUAGCAAAUCAUCCAGACAAAUAUGCAUAUCCUAUUCCACAUACAACGAGAGCUCCAAGGAAAAUGGAAGAAAAUGGAAAGAACUAUUUCUUUGUUUCCCAUGAUGAAAUGAUGACAGACAUUGCAGCUAAUGAAUACCUAGAAUAUGGGACCCAUGAAGAUGCAAUGUAUGGCACAAAACUAGAAACAAUACGUAGGAUUCAUCAAGAGGAAAAGAUAGCUAUUCUUGAUGUAGAACCACAGGCCUUAAAGAUACUAAGAACAGCAGAAUACACUCCUUAUGUGAUCUUUAUUGCUGCACCAUCUUUAUCAACAAUUAAUGAUACUGAUGGAAGCCUUGAACGACUGACCAAGGAGAGUGAACUUCUUCGACAAGCUUAUGGGCAUUUGUUUGACUUGACAGUAGUGAACAACAACAUUGAUGAAACAAUACAGAUUUUGGAGAAAGCUAUGGAGAAGAUAAGUGUGACUCCUCAGUGGGUACCUGUAAGCUGGGUAUAUUGAUUGCCUCAUGAACUUGCUCAGGACUUUUUAUGUGCUCCAACAUUUAUUCUACUCUGAAGAAGGUGAAGGAGUGUUUGGUAUCUUUUUACUGACAUCAAAAACCACACUGAUUUUCUUUUCAUUCCAUAAUCAAAACGUUCCAGGAACAUUAUCUACAUAUACAAAUUGGCUGUUUGUACAAAUACCCCAUGGUGCUGCCUAAACUAGGUUUAUGUGUAUGGUCUAACCUGCAGUGUUAAAGUUUCAUGUAAAAAAUCUGAUAUAAGCCUCUUCUAGCAACAUCAAUUAAAUAUAGGUAUGAAGUUAGAAGUAGAAAAAGUGCACAAACACUUUAGCUCAUGAGAUAUCAAACAGGGGUCUUUUUAUGUUUGAAGUUGAUCCUUCUGUUUGUAAAAUGAGGCCUUUGGUGUGAAAUUUAGAGAGAUCAAAGAUAAGUUUGUUUAUUUGGAGUUGGUGCCAGCCAAAAAAAUAAUAUCCUGAGUGUUGGAAAGAAAAUAAACGAAGUCUUUAGAUGUGAAAUUUAUAGUGGUAGUGCAAAACAGAACUUGUAUCUUAAGAAAACACAGAAGUGUUUUUGCUUGAGGUUUGUAGAAUCCAGAAAUAGAAGUGCUCUAUCUGCAUGUAAAGAUAUGAUAUGAAAUUUGCACUAAUAAUGUUAAAAUGUUUCAGCCUUGAUGACACAGAGGUAUUUAUUUUUAAAGUUAGUAUCAACCAGUUUGUUAGAAGGGACCUUUAGUGUGAAGUUUAUAGUAGUAGUAUCAAACAAAGACAUUUUGGCUCAUUAACUAAGGACUAAUAGAGAUGUUAAUGUUGAAAGAUUAGGCGUGAUGUUUAUAAUGAUAAUAUAUAGACAGAAAAGACAAUUUGUUUCAUGAACUGAUUGGUUAAUGUUUGAAGUUGGUUUCAAAGUGAAAUAGGACCAAGAAGUUUCAGCAGUUGAUAUCCUCUUUCAUUUUGCUUCAUUUAGCUAGAAGUUGUUACUAUGAAGCUGACAACCAGCAAUACUUGAUACUUGUAGGUUAGAAAAGGUCUCUGUUGUUAAGUCCCUACCAGUCAUUCAUUUUUACUUCACCUGGAGUAAACAAUUUCCUGGGAACUUGUAUGACCUUAUCAUGGUUGAUCCAGUUCUAAUUUACAUACAUAAAGACAGACAGUACUGGAAAAUAAUGAAUAGCUCAACUGGACAUUAAAAAAUGAUUUCGAAUUAUUUGUGGGGUUAAUGUCAUUCAGCCUUCUUUGUGGCCAAUAUCUUUUAAAAUGGGAUAUGAAGUGAAUGUCAGCAAUGCUUAUAUAUAUACCAUCUUCAGCCAUUUGCUUAUAAGUGCUAAAGUUAGGAUUAAUCAGAGAGAGAUAUGUUAUAUGCUUUGUUGUUAUACUCUUUGAUGAUGUCAAGAUGUUUAACAGCUUCGUUUUGUGAUCUAAACUGAAAAAUGCAUGAACACUUAGAAUGUUUAAUAGUGAACAGUGAAAACCACAGUUAUUUUUUGGAUCAUUCAUAAAAUGCAAACUAAAUUUUUGUUCAGGACUAUUUACAUAUGAAGCACUUUUCACUAUUAAUAAAUGAAAUAUAAAAGCAAAAUAACCUUCAAAAUCUCCUAUUGGACUAUUUUUGUAAUCAAAUUCCACUAUUAUUAACACUGCGUAGAAAUGACCUUUACUGCUUCUACUGUAGCAUAAACCAAGAAAAUUUCAGUACUAAGGCAACAUAUAUUGUAUUCAUCAUACUAAAGUCUGUUCCUAAACAUGAUGGUCUUGGAUAUAGUUUAAAUGUUGAUAAGUAUCACUUUGAUGAAGAACAUCUACCUACCAAAUGCACUCAGGUUACUGAAUAUUUUUGAAUUGUGUAGUUGCUGCUUUUCUGAUAUGUGCUCUUCUAGUACCAUACAUGGUGUUAGACAGACGUGUCUACCUGAUGAUAAACACAAACCGGACAAGCUUCUGAUGAUGAUAAGUCAUGAUUUCAGACAAUUUGAUUUGUCUCUCUAUAUAUAUAUAUAUGAUGAUGCCAGACAUGCUAAUAUCUGUUUUAAACAAGAUGACCUAAAUCAGGAUUUCUUAUCUCAUGAUUAUAUUAGACGGAUUGAUCUACCUUUCCAUAAUCAUAAUAUUAUAAACAAGUUAGUCUAUUGGAUUAUAAACAGAAAGGCUCAUUUGUUUGGCUAGAAGUAGGCCAGUUUGUCUAAUGUUACUUUAUACGUUGCUAAACAUGUUGUCAAAUAAAACUGUUUUAUAUUUUGAUAAAAAAAUGUGUCAUAAGCUGACAUAUUUUUUGAUAAGCGUGCUGAUGUCUGGAAAGCCAGUGUAUCUGAUGACAGAAAUGGUGCUUCAAAUUUAGCAAAUAUAGAUUUUGUUUAUGCUGUUGAGCUAAAUUUCACUAAUUUGUAUUUGCACUGAAUUAUUCAGAUGCUAGUCUGUAGUUACUUUUAAGUUUUUCUUUUAAAACCCACUUAUAUUAGUUUUAGAGAACUAUUUGAUGUAUGUUGUCACUCUGUUUUCUACUCAUAACUGCCUAUAGAAACUCUGAUACUGAUAUUUGCACCAGCAUUUUUUUUAUAUAUAUUAUAAUGAGACAAGAGAAUAAAACAUUCCAUUUCAUAUUCACUUGAUUUAUUACCUCUCAAACAAUACCAGAUCAGGUUUUUAUAACACUAUUGAAGAUGUAAAAGAUAAAAUUAUUUUAUGCUAAUUUUUUGUUGAGUGAUAAUGUAUUUAGGAAUAAUAAAAUUUGAUUAAAUAUGUAUUGUGAAACUUUGUACAUACUUAGUUAUAUAUUUUGGUUUUAAGAAGUAACAUGAGACUUUAGAUAGUUGAUGGAAAAUUGACUUUAUUGUUUUAUGGGAGGACUUGAUAGCAUUUUGUGCUUCAAAUAACAAAGGUUUUGAAAGUAAUAUCAGUUUUUUUAUAAUGCAAAGAGUACACCAAAUCAAUGUGUAGCUAAUGCAGUUCUGUUGAUAUGGAGGUUACGUAUAACACAUCUGAAGUGUGAAUGUAAUGCAGUUAUAUACAAAAGAGUAGAAUGUUUAUGUGAUGUAGUUAUAAACAUACUACAGCAGUAGAAUGCAUAGAUAAUACAAAUAUACACACAAUUAUAUAUGUGUAAUGCAGUUAUACACAAACACAGCAGUGGAAUGUGUAGUUCAAAUUAUCAUAGUUAAUAAACUUUGCUUUUGAACAGGCAUAGUUUUUAUAUGUUGUGCUUAAUAAAGAUACUUGUUUCACUUCAAAGUUACAGAGAAUAUUAUAUUAGUUUUUUUUUGUGUGGAUAUUCUUGCAGAUCUAAACAAGGACUAUCUUCUGCACUAGCUAUUCCUAAUUUUUGAUCUGAUAGGUUGGGAGGGGGGAUAGCUAGUCAACAGCAUCCACCACUAAUUCUUGACUGAUUGAAUAAUGAGAUUUGGCUGCUACUCUUAUAGUGCACUUAUGGCCUCAGAGUGUGGAGCACUUUUUUUUCUUUCUCCGUAACAAAAAACCAUGAACCCUUAGAUCCACAGUCUUGAACAUUAACCACCUGGCCACAUUCGGCCCAUAACAUUGUAAAAUUCACCAUAGACUUUAAUAUUAUUACUUUGUUUCUUUUUUCAGUGAAUGGAAGUUAGCUACAAGGAAAAAAAAGAUCAAUAGUUAAUUCUGGAAAUUGGAAGUUUUCUAUUACUAUUUAUUUAGAAAAACAACUAUUUUCUUACUAAUUGACUGCGGCAUCCUUUUUUAGUCAAUUAAUAGACUGCAACCUACAGGUAAGGUUAUCUAAUACAGUGUAAAUUAUAUUAUCAGUUGAAUUAGCAAGCAAAUGCAAGUUAUAAUCCUGGUUUGAUGCUUAAGGUGUAUUUUUAGAUUAAUCAAUAAGCUAUCAGCUGGCUACUUGCAUAAUCUGUAGAUGAUUUAAUACAAGUUCAUAUGAUUAUUUGUAUAUUUUAUUAUGACCUUUGUUGGUAAAUUGUCAUUAUAGGCUUUUCUAAAGAUAUAUAGAUUUCUUAUAUCCAAUAUAUAUGUAUUAUUACUGCCCUUCUUUUUUUUUUUUUUUACUUGUUAACUAAAUUACUCUGUUCAAAUUGAAGCCUUUUAUUAGAUAAAAUAAUGCUGUGUUAUAAGUGGAUGUUAUUUCAGUAUAUGAUUUUUUUAGUGGAACAUUUUGUAGUAUAAGGUCAAGUUAUGAUUUAUGUAUGUUAUAGUGGUUAUACUUGUGAGACAUUGUUUCUCUGGAGUAAUCUUUUGAACUUCUGUUUUCUUCAGACUUGUGUGCCAGAUUGGGUGAUUUUCUUUUCCAUUAACCUGAUAUAUGUGUAUUUCAGGGAUUUUAUUACAAAUCUUAAGUAUUUUUGAUUCAUUGGUUAGUAUAGUUUAUAACAAUACUGUUCCAGGGCUUUAAUUGUUCUUUCAAGUAAACGUAGCUACUGUAUUAAAUUUUAAUUUGUCUUACAGAACUCUUUACACCAAUUACAGUUAUAAUAUUGUUUUUUUUUAAUUUUGUGGCUAUAUAAAUUUAUACAUUAUGUAUCAUGUUAUUAAUUAAGGCUUUUAAGAAAUUUAUUUUCUGCAUUCUUUGUUUUGUUGCACUAAUAUUCAGAAAAUGUGUGGUUUAAGAAAAAGUUUACUAUUUACAGAUUGUUACGUUACAUAGAAGGUGUAAUGUUAGCUUUUUCUGAACUUAAAUUUUUUAUUGCUAUGAAAUCAGUAUUUUGUCAGCUUUUGUUCAUUUUAACAGUUGUGUAGGCUUGAAAAUUUCUAUUGUUAAAGCAGUAUUUAAAUAGUAAUAAAAUUAUUAUUUUAAAAUACAUUUAAAAAUAUAGAAAAUUUCUUCUGGAUAUACUCUAAAUAGCAUAUUAAUACAAACCCUUAUUAUUGCUGUUAUGAGACAAAUUUAUUUUAUUAAAAUCAGAGUAAUUACUUAACAAGCUAAACAGCUGAUUUGUUAACAGAAAAUUAACUUGUUUACAUCAAGUGUGACUAUUCAUAUACCAGAGCAGGUGUUACCUCACAUCCUCUACAAAGCCUGUAUAAUAAAAUGUUCUUAAGUAGCAAUUAUAUUUUUUAAUUAAAAAGCAAGACAAAAACAAAGAUGUUAGAUAUUUUUAUUACAAAGAUAUUGUUCCCUGAUUUUGAAACUAUGUUGAGGGUACAGAGUAAUAAUUUAAGCUUAGAAAGGCACCACCCUUUCAAAACCCAGUUUUUUUUUCAUUGUGUAAAGGGUCCAACUAAAAUAAACAGAAAAAGUUUAGCUUAUAAUGUUUUUACACAUUUUGUUGCAGAACUUUUAUUUCAUAAAUAAAUUGUAAAUUUUUUAACUUUCCUGUAAUCUCCUUGCUAAACCAUUCUUAUUUCAUAGGGUUUGGUUGGUAAUCUUAUCAGAAUUUUUUAGCAAGGUAUUUUGUAUUGAAACAUUCACUUUAAAAGUAUAUUAUAUCUAACUUUAAAUAUCUGAAAAUACAUGCAUGGGCCUCACCAUUGUACAAAUUAAUGUAUGAGGAGUAAAAUCAGCUCAUCUUGCAACAGCUACCUUGAUUCAACCUUUAGAUUUGAACUUUUACUAGGAAAUAUGUUUCUAACCUUUAAGUCUACUAAAAGUUCCUGUAAAAAAUAAUUAAAUACAGACUGUUAUGCAAACAUUAAAAAUUGUUAUGAUGAGCUAAUGCA